UAAUUAUUUGUUGUUUUAGGCCGGGAAAUAUGGUUUGGCUGAAUUGGCACCAAAAGGCUGAGCAGCAGCGCCUCUUGAAUCUUGCCUCUCUAAGAGAACCCUUCCACAUCCUUACAAUCACCCUCCUCAGCCUUUUGCUUCCCCUCUCAUUUCUCCUCCUAUCCAGGUUAACUUGUGCUCACUACUAUCUCCUAAGCCUCGAGUACUCUUAUAAUCCUCCAUCACAGAUUUCUUCUUUUCUCUUAUCUUUUGUCUUAUAUACCAACCCGAGUGUUCUCUACCUUCUUGUUUCCAUUGUAAGCAUAGCCACUCUGAUCCACGGCUUGACAGGAAAGGUUAUCUUUUUAAGCGAGUCUCCAGGGCCUGUUCUACGUCCCCAUUUGUAUAUAGCAUGGAUCUUUGUAUGUACAUUACAAGUCUUCGUUGGUUUGGGCAUUGAAGGAACCAUAGCAGGAGGAAUUGAUGGCUCUAGUAUUGGUAUGGAGAGAAGCAUAUUUAGAAAAGCAGUUUUUUUCCUGGGGUUGCAUGAAACGAUGCUUCAUUGGUCUCGGGUGGCAGUGAGGCCGGUGGUGGAUGAUACCAUUUUCGGGGUUGCCAGGGAGGAAAGGUGGGCUGAAAGGGUGGCCAUGGCCACGAGCUUUGGUACUCUAUGGUGGUGGAAGUUGAGGAAUGAGGUUGAGGCUAUGGUGGUUGUGGGUGAGUUUAAGAGAGAGCUGUUGAUGGGUAGAGGGGUGGCUGACUUUGUUGCUUGGUGGCUCUAUUACCUGACUGUAACAAUUGGGAUGAUCAGGGUUGUGAAGGGUUUUAUGUGGAUUGGCAUGCUUUUGUUAAGUAGAAGGGUGACAGGGAACUCAGCUGAAUCUAAUGGGGAUGAAGACAAAGUUUGAAUUUGACACUUUCUGUUAUUAUGAAUUCUUUUUAGUACUCUUGAGUCUUGUUAUUGUUCUCUCAUCAGAGACUCCCAAUGUUGUAUUCAC